UUAGGAGAUACACACGGGACUGGCGUUCAGUGGAGGUGGGGAUUGCUGCUACUCCUUCGUGUUGUGGACGAGCGUAGUCUCCACGAGUCUGCCUAGGGUUUUUAUCAAGUCGCGAAGAAGGUCCUACGGACUCGGGUAACACCAUCGCCAUGAAGUGCCAUCUCUUCCUACUCCACUGCCUUCUUCUCACUUGCCAUCAGCUGUGUGUCCGGUGUCUUCCAAAAGGCUGUUUCGGCAACCCACUGCCGACUGUGUUCUGCAUUGACCGUCGUGACCGCACCUUUCCUCGUGGUCUUCCAGAAGACACCAAAGGAUUACAUUUGUUUGAGAACGCCAUCCGCUACAUAAGUGUGGAGGACUUUUCUGGACUAGGCCAGCUUGAGCUCUUGGAUCUUUCUCAGAAUUACAUUUCGGAACUCCCUGCCCAAGUGUUUCACCUACUGGUGCAGCUCCGAAACCUGGAUUUGUCUAGCAAUAUGAUUAAGGAGAUCACCAAUGGCACCUUUACGGGUCUCCGCUGGCUGGAACGCCUGUAUCUCUUUGGCAACCACAUCAGGACAAUCCAGGCAGGUGCCUUUGAUGGCCUGCACCACCUGUUGGAGCUUAAGCUGCACAAUAAUCAAUUCCAAGUGCUGCCCCCUUUACACUUGCCCAGCUUGCUCCUUCUGGAUACUGGCAACAAUCCUACUCUUCGCCUGACAGACCCCUCUUUCCACAUGGACAAACUUGAGACGCUGGUUUUGGCCGAAACAGACCUAAGUUCCCUGGAUGAGAAAGCCCAGAUGAAUCUGGAGAACCUUCACACGUUAGAUCUUUCUUUCGUUCGGUUGACUAGAAUGCCUUUGUUCCUGAGAACGAUGAAAAGUCUGGUAGUUCUUAAGCUAACAGGAAAUCACCUGAUUGGUGAAUUAAAGGAGGAAGACUUCAAAGGGUUACACAGUCUCCAGAGGCUGGACAUAAGUAGGCUGGGCCUGAAGACCCUUCCCGAGGGUUUAUUUAAAAACCUUCCGAAACUCGAGUUUCUAGCUGUGACAGAGAAUCCAUUUAACUGCAUCUGUUCCCUGGUCUGGUUCCCCAUGUGGCUGCAAAACGGUAAAGUCCUCUUGCUAAGCCCACAGAAUACCAGGUGCCACUUUCCACUGCAGCACGCGGGCAAAAUUCUAAGCCAGAUGGAUCAUCGCGAUUUUGGCUGUCCCACUACAACUACCCAAGUGACUACCACCAUUCGAACAAGUACAACUAAAAAAGAGCCCACCAUCCGAGCGCCCCUCACUCAGCCUCCAGUUAGAAGCAGCACCACCGAGGAGCAUUUGCCUGUGGCGGAGUUCUUGCCGACUACACCGUUUCAGAGUGUAACAACCAGUCCCGAAGUCCACAUCUGUCCCCAAAGUAUCUGCUUAAAUGGCGGGACAUGUCAGUUGGAUAGCAUGGGGCAGAUUGAAUGUACAUGUAGGCAAGGGUUUUCUGGAUUGUACUGUGAAAACAAUGAGACCCCGGUUGUGGCGUCUACGCCGUCACUGGAAAAAGAAACUGCUAUCACUGCUGGCCACACCACUAGCACUUCCAUCGAGGUCAACCUUCACCACUACGUGCAAGUCAGGCCAAAUCUCAAAGGUAUCCGUCUUACCUACAGAAACCUGUCAGGGCCGGACAAAAGGCCCAUGCAGCUCAGCAUACCGGCCUCCUACCCACAAUAUACGCUACGUGGCCUCUGCGCAAACUCGACUUACUACAUUUGCGCGAGCCCUUUGGGAGAGUCUGAGAGCAAAGACAGCUGCUGCAUGGAGGCUCAGACUGCAGUUUCGAGGCACCCUUCCCCAGUAACCCAAACAAAAAAGGCUCCCGAGACGACGAUGGUGGUGUCCGUAUUGGCCGCCGUACUGGUGGCAAUUGUGGCGAUGGCAGUUACAUUUUAUUGCCUGCGCAAGAAACGAGCAAAAGGCCACCCGGACCUGGGGGCAGACCCAAUGGAACUUGAAGGCGUCAAGACUUGCAUGGAGAGCGAGGCGUUGCCAAAGAAAGCGCCCGAGAUUUCCAGUGGCCAUAACAAUUUGGAAUUUGAGGUUCCCCUCAUGCAGAAGCACGGCCACAUUAAUAACAACGUUUCAGGUUUAAAGUCUUCGUACUUUUGAUCCAAAGGCUGUUGUUCCACAGGACGUCUCUGACAGGAAGCUCUCCUGGACUCCUUUUAUAAGAAAGACAAAGUUGUAAGAGGACGCCGGAUCCAUGAAGUUCUGGAACUUGUGUUGACUUUUGUACUGAACGACUAUUUUGGACCCCAGUAGGGGUCCAAACAGAACGGGUUGCUUUCACACUUGUAAAUAUUGUACAGGCCUCUUGUGCGUAACUUCACAUGGCAACAUGUAGUGUCACUUGUGAAAGCCACCAGACACUGGGGCGUUUUGGGUGUUUACUUACUCAAUAUUUGAGUUGACCACAAGAAUACUAAAACGACGACUCACAACAAACAAAGUACCUUUUGUAAACAUUAAAAUUUGUUCCGGUUGAUAUUUUAUACACUCGGAGCAUCAAUAUGCAGAUGAAGAAAGUUCUCUGUCACUGUUCGAUCAUGUUGAGAAUAGCAGGAGUGGACUCUGGGUAAUUUAUGCAAGGUUUUGCACUUUGGUCUUUGUGUGGUCUUACACCUUUUUUUUUCUGCUAUUGGCUACAAUCUGCUUUCAGGAUGACCCAAACAUUUAUUACAAAAAUGUAAUAUUUUGUCAGGAUGCAUACGAGUGGACAACCAUUCAUAGCUAUGAGUUUCAUGCAGUCCUUGAAGUGGAGAUUGGUUGUACUUUCUGUUAAAGUCUUAAUUUCUUUUGAGUGCUGAGACCACCGUACUUUGGAUCGGAGAGCGGGGUGUGUGUGCGACUGAGGGUCUGUUUGGGGGUUCCCCUAGGAGGUUGACGUAUACUUACAAUGCUCACAGUAGAUCGGAGACUGGGGGAAUUUCGAGCGGUGAGAUAUGCCCACUGCGGUGGCUUGGUGCCCUGCCCGAAAUUGGUUACUGCCUUGUGCCCUGUGUUGGCUGGGAUUGGCUCCAGCAGACCCCCGUGAACCUGUGUUCAGAUUCAGCAGGUUGGUAAAAGGAUGGAUGGAUGGAUGGAGAUAUGCCCAUGUUAGGUCUGAGAGCGCGGGGGGGGACUAGGAGUUACCUCACCAUUUUUAACUCCCCGAAAACAGAGACUUUUGACAACGGUCUCUUGAGCCGUACACUUAUUACGUCACUCUCACCUGAUUGGAUGCUGCUCAUUACAACACCUCAUUCCCUGAUUGGUCACCUUUCAAGAAAGAAAACCAAAUUCUGUAAACAUCUAAAUUGCAUUUUGUACGGUGUGAAUGCUUUAUAAUUGUAAAAAAAAGCAAUAAUUUACACGUCCCUACAGUUUUGCGAUAAAUCCCGUGGCUGAUAUAAUGAAAAAUCAAUAUCAUGAGACUAAAGCUUACAUAUUUUUGAGUGAAAUGGAUUUUUUUUAAACAUGCAAUUCAGUCUAACUAAUUUGUUCCAGAGGCUUUAUUCUUAACUAGCUGCCCCCCUGCGGCUCCACCCACAUAGCAGUGAAACAGGACAAACUUUAAAAAUCAAUUCAAAAAAUGUAAGUCUGGUCAAGGAGAAGGUAGGUACACUCCAGCAUCAAAUGUUACCACUGUAUCUGAUCGUGUUCAGCUCUGACAGGAGAGCGUCCCCCGCGUGGGGAGAAAAGCACAUGGCCGUGAUAUCUCUGACAAUCAGCAGCUACCCUCUAAAACACACGUAGCUCUGAUCUCUCUCUCUCUCAAAAGCAUCAAACAUUACACCUUAACAAUCUCUAGAUGAUAAUGUCUGCUGAACAAACGAGUAUCGCUAGCUAAGUGGAGGCGAGGUGCACUCCAACACGUGGCGAGAGGCAGAGCGACUAGAAUGAAGGCAGGCACAUGAGCGAGUGAGGAGGGCACCAGGCCCGGCUCCCUACUUCUGAGGCCCUGCCUCUCUCCCCUCAGCCUGCAGCCUCUCUCUCAGAUUCACACAAAUAAAUCGGUAACUCUGAUACUUAGAACAAUGAGAGAAGUCGCAAAAUCAACCGGAAUGUUCAAGAAAAUUCUAGAAAAAACCCGAUCUAAAUCCGUUAAGUAGUUCUCUUGUGAAAAG